UUCUCUGAUAUUUGCUCACUUAAUCAAUUUCUGAAACAUUUAGGAAGACAUUUGCAAAACCAUGAGCGAGUUCAUUGUCCAUUCUCCAACUGUGAUUUUAGCAGCAACAACAAUACAACUUUCAGAGCUCACAAGUCCAAGAAACACAGAAAACAAACUUUGAAUGAACUCUGCACAUCUGUUUGUACAGUAGGUAGUAUAAGCAAUGAGUUUGACACAGUCUCAGUUUCACAAAGUCCAUCAGAUCAAGCUGAUGACAUUCAGGAAGAUUCUCAUAUUUCAGAUUCAAACCUCGAGGAAUGUAAGCCAGUACUUGAACACAAACUUGCUGCAUUAUUCUUGUGUAUGCAGUCACAGUUGCAUGUGUCCCAAAGUGCCUCUCAACAGAUUAUUGAUAAUGUAAAUGACAUUCUGUCAAUUGCUAACUCAAAUACACUCAGUGCAAUUCAGAAUAUUCUGCUAAAGCACAACUGCAAUGUUAAUGAGUCUAUUGUUGCUGACAUUACUGACACAUUGCAAAAUACAAACCCAUUUCUGAAUGCCACCACUGACAAAGGUCCCCUUUCAACUAAUCACAAGCGAAACAUCUACUUCAAAAACAAUUUUGGCAUAAUUGAACCUGUUGAAUAUGUGUUCAAUAGGGUACAGAAUCACUCAUUUGUUUAUGUUCCUCUUUUGAAGACUUUGAAGUCUUUGUUGGAGAGACCUGACGUUCUUGAGAAGACGUUUCCCAUAAAGGAGGGUACACCAGGAUUGUACACAUCACCUUUUGAUGAAACUAUGUUACUUCGAGUCAUUCUCUCACCUGACAACAUCAGGAAGUUAUCAAUACCUACACCAUCGUCAAUUGAAGAACUCUCUGCAGUUCUCUGUGAAAAAUUGCAGAUAAUGGGACGUUUUGUUAUCCAGUAUGAAGACCCUGACUUCAACAAUGAACUUUGUACUUUACAUGACAUCACAGAGCUUCCAAAAGACAAGGCUACUUUAAGGAUCCACUGGGAAGUAGUUUUAAGCCCAGUGGUGGACAAUGCUCACCUUUCCGAUUUCACUGUGGAUACAGCAAGCAUGACGUCCACUCAGUCAUCAGCUUCAUUACCCCAUUCAGUUUCUCCUCUCUCUACAUCUAGAUCUGAGCAGUGGCCAAGCAUGUUUCCAGUGCCUUCCUUUUCAUAUGAUGUGGAGUUGAGGCUGAAAAAAGCUAACGAAGAUCUUCAAGAAAAUGGAACAGCUUUGAUUGUUCCAAGAGACAUGAAAAUGAAUAUCUUGGACAAAUUGGCUGAAACUGUGUAUUCUUUCAAAGCUUACCCAAAAGACUCUGAAAUAGAGAAGGUUGCAUGUGCUUUGGUAGAAAAACACCCCAGUCUCAAAGACCCAGGAUCUGACACGACAGGAUGUGAAGCAUGGAAAAUGAGCCUGAAGUUUAAAAUGGCUAAUUAUCGCCAGAAACUCCGCAAUGCAGGAUGCAGUGAGAUGGUUGUGAAUACCCACUCUAGACAAGGUUCAUCUCGAGGAUCUCUCAAGAGACCCAGAAGAUCUGAACUCAACUUUCUUCCCGACCAUCCUGUUGGUUUGGAUGAAGAAGAAUUAGAGAAGGAAAGGUCAUUUAUGGAAGAAGAAGUGAAAAAGAGAAAUUUGAGCUUGACCGUUUUGAAUGCAAAGAUGGAGACAACAUUUUCCUUGAGGAGAAAGGAAAUUGUGCAGGAUCAGCCGCUGGUGUCAACAAUCAAGCAAAGAUGGCCAGGACUGUUUUUUGAGGGGGAGGUUUGUGCUGAAUUCUUUCGCAUCAACCGUAUCGACCUGAAAACAACAUUCCUGACGUCGCUGGACAAUCACACCCAGGGGUUGCUGAAGAUGUACAGAGCCAAAGCAAGACAGGGAAGGUGGAACAACUUGGAUGAACUUCUGGAGAAACUGGAUGCCCAGAUUCUGAAUUGCUGUUUUCGUCACUGGACCCAUCGGCCACACUGUGAGGUCCUGAACUGCAGUCCUCCCCACUGA